ACUAUGGCGAGUGUGAAAGAGAGAGCAGCUGCUUUAAACCUCGCGGGGAAACUGUACAGCCCCAUGCACAAUCCUCAUGCUCAGCAGGCGCUCAUUAAUCCGUGCCAGACCAGCUUCAUCUGGAGCAGACUGAUCUCUCAUCUCCAGUCCGAGGUGAAGGUGAAGCGGCGACGUCACUUCUUGAAGUCUCAUGACAAUUGCUUUGUGGGCUCUGACGCUGUCACUGUGAUCCAAGACUACAUAAAGAAAAGCAAGCUUUUGGGUGAUGCUGAAGUUCCCAGGGGCAAAGCUGUGCGUGUGUGUCAGGCUCUACUGGACUGCAAGGUGUUUGAAGCGGUGGCUGGUAAAACGUUUGGGAAGGAGAGUAAGCUGUCGGAGUUUCAGGACAGCGUCAGCAGUCUGUACAGGUUCCUGAACACCCAAACCCCUGUGCUGAGCAGUGCAGGAAACGAUCUUUCUUCUCCCAGUGAAGUGAGGAAUGCAAACAGGGAUGAUGACCCAUUGUUCUCUCACAGUACUCCAGUAAAACCAGGCUACAUUAUGGACAUCCUGUUGGAGGAGCUUGACCUUAGCCUUAGUGUUCUCCAUGCUGAGAGUCUACCACCGUCAGUGGUCAGUAAGGUGUGGCAGGAGCAGACGGUUCAGCGUUUGCUGCAGUUGAUCGAGCUCCCUGUGCUGGAUGGAGUACUGGACUGUAGGGAUUGUCCGACCUCGGGAGGCAACAAUAAUGAACCUGACAUUCUCUACACCAGUAACUACCUGGACAGAGAAAUAAUCAAGGCCUUUAAGGAGUCACAAAAUGAUGAGUGGCUCUUGGCAGCAUUAGAGCUGAUGGACUUUCUGCCAGACCAGCAGGUGGUAGAGGUGAGCAGAGAGCUCUCCAGCAUUUCAAUGGAUGAUGAUCAGGGUGAUGAAGAACAUGAACAGUGGAGGCUCUCGGGCAUCCAGCAGUACAAGGCUCUACUGUUUGAAAUUCUGGCAAAACAUUAUGGACAGACCAGUUUCCAGCCUCUUCUUCCUAACGGGCUGAAUGAUGUGUACACGCACAUUACUGAACUUUUGGUGAAUGGGAAGUUUGACGUGGCGUUAGAGGUGUUACAGCUAUGUCUAAAGUUGCUUCCUGCAGCUAAUAGAGAGGAGCUGUACAGGCUGCUGAGCUUCAUGUCACUGGCAGCAGACCCUCUACACAUCCGGCUUCAUAAGGAGAUUGAGAAUCGGAUCCAUGUGAAGAAAACCUUUUGUAGAGCCAUAACACAAAGCAAAAGCCUCUCAAAGGGUAAAGUGGACUUGCUGUUGCUCUUCAUGCUGGAUAACCAUGAGGACAUUUUCAAGGUCCCAGGUUCUUUGCACAAGCUGGUCAGUGACAAGCUGGAUGACAUUGUGAAAAAGAAGGACCCUAACACACAGAGCUCUGCAUUCUGUCAGCAAAUUUCAAGCAAUGUGUACCAGGAUACUGUAAAAAACCUGACGCAUACAGAGCUGUUUGUACUGCUCAGGAAUAUAGAUGAAAAUACAAAAUACUCCACAAAAGAAAAGAAGAGAUUACUGGCACAGUUCUACAAAGGCCAUCCUGACAUUUUUGCUGAGUACUUUGGGUCUAGACUGAGCACAAUCAACUUGUCUGAAGUGUAAUUUGUCAAUUUUCCUAAAAAUGUUUAAACAUUUUGUUUAUAUUGUACUAUGUAAUAUUUGUACAAUGUUUUAUUCCUGUUUGUUGAAAAAAAAAAAAAUUUUUCAAAAUGUAUAUAAUAGUCUACUUAAAUUAUGAAUACUUAAUAAACACUUGUAAACAAAUUGUUGCA